AUGGCACCCUCUGUUGCGAACACGGUCACUGCCGAGGUCGUCGUUCCUGUAAAGGUCGACCCAAAGGCGAGCGUGAGCAAGCCCAAAGUGAGGCGAAUAAUUGAUGAAGAAGGAGGAAAGUCCACUGCCAAGUAUCAACACUAUCUGCCUGUCUGGGAUCAUGGCGAAAAAUACCCCCCUCUCGAGCCAUUCACGCAUAUUGAUCAUGGCAAAGAUGCCGACCCGUCCUUCAAAGAUCUUCUUCCAGAAGGAUCUCAGAUUCAAAAACUCACCCCGACUAUCGGAUCCGAAGUUACAGGUGUUCAGCUGAGCAAGCUCACUGCAGCCGGAAAAGAUCAGCUUGCUCUCCUCGUUGCUCAACGCAAAGUUGUAGCAUUCAGAGAUCAAGAUUUUGCAGACUUACCUAUCCAAGACGCCCUCGAUUUUGGAGGCUAUUUUGGGCGACACCAUAUCCACCCCACUAGCGGAGCUCCGGAGGGGUACCCGGAGAUCCAUCUUGUUCACCGGAAUAAGAACGCAUGGGAGUAUGAUGAAUACCUUGCGGCAAAGAACAGCAGCGUCUCGUGGCAUUCUGAUGUUACUUAUGAGCAGCAACCCCCUGGAACCACUUUCCUGUACCUUCUUGACGGUCCAGAGGUGGGUGGAGACACUAUUUUUGUUAACCAGGUUGAGGCAUAUAACCGGCUCUCACCCGCGAUCAAAGAGCGUCUCCAUGGUCUCAAAGCUGUGCAUUCUGGAUUCGAGCAAGCCGAAAACAGUCUAAAGCGUGGAGGAGUUGAUAGAAGAGAUCCGGUGAAGAAUGAGCAUCCAAUCGUUCGCACCCAUCCCGUCACGGGUGAGAAGGCUCUUUUCGUCAACGGAGGUUUCACUCGGAGCAUUGUUGGUCUUAAAACUGAGGAAAGUGAUGCUCUUCUGGGAUUCUUGCUGGCUCAUGUCGGUCGCGGCAUUGACUAUCAGGCCCGCAUCCGAUGGGCGCCAAAGACAGUGGUGAUUUGGGAUAACCGAGUGACCGCCCACUCUGCGAUUAUUGACUGGACGACAGGCGAGCGUCGUCACUUGGCACGCAUUACGCCACAAGCAGAGCGUCCUUUUGAAACGCCCUACGUUCCAGAAGGAGACAAGUUGAGUGCUUGA